GGGACAUGGGCAGGAUCGGUUCAGCUCAGCUGUGCUUUGGGAUGCUUGCAGUCUUGGCCAUCGUGGUCUACAUCCCUUCCACACACGGGAAGCCUUUUUUACUGCAAGAGAACCAGGUGUUUCCAGAGAGACAGGAUGCCGGUCACCGAGAUGCUCUGCUGACUCUGCUCCUUGAUAAAAACCCUGCCUGGAGGCGCCCAACCAAUAUUGACUCGGAGCUGGCGAAGAAAUAUGAGGAGCUUCAGCAGCUGGCGAGGCUGAAGGAGCAGCUGCUGGCGGACAAGGGCUCUGAGAUGGCCUACACCCUGGAGAGCCUGGCUGCAUCGCACCCGCAGAAGCGUGCCUGCUUUUGGAAAUACUGCGUCUGAGGCCUGGCCCAAGGGGAGGAGGAAGAGGAGAUGAGCCCCACACUGCCAGGCUGCGGCCUCGCUGCUUCAUCGUCCUGCUGUUCCCCGGUGGAGUGAGGAUGGGCAGGGGUCCAGCUACACCACUGCAGCCCCCUCCCUGUGGGCACCAGCUUCCCCCUCUGGGCCCUGCUGCACCCUGUCUUCCCAGCUCUGCCUUGCUUUGUUUUUUAGUGUGCUCCCUGGGUUUCCCUGCCUCCUCCAGCACUGCUCCAUGCUUCCUUUCACCCCCAUGCCCCCCAUCCCUCCGAGCCCUGGGAGGAUGCCCAGCCAGCUCCUGCCCUCUGCAAGAGCUGGGCAUGGUGGUGUCAGGGAUCCCUGCGCCCCUUCCCCACCUGACAGCAGCAACCCAUGUCCAGGAGGGUGAUGGGCCUGGAGCUGGCACCGGUGGGCUGAGCGCGGUGUGGGGGCCCACGGGCUGGCAGCCCUGAUGCGUCUGUGUGCGAGUCCUGUCCGUGUGCACUGUAUGCAUCCUUCAGUGUUUCCCUCGGGGUGGGGAGAAAAGGCACAGAACGGAGCCGCUGGAUAUCACUCAAUAAAGAGGAAAGACCCAUUUCUAUUG